CGUGAUCAGCUCAAAGGAAGCUACAGAGAAAUUGCGUUUUGAGAAAUUGGCGUUUCUCGCAUGUUCUCCCAUGGCAAAGGAAUUGCUGAUGCAUUUUUGCUGAAUCAGCGUAGUGACGUCCUUGUCUUGAUCACUUCAGCCAGUCUUUAUUUAUUUCUUGUAGUUUAAAUAUUUCCAUCAUGGUCUGACACGACAUUCACUGUAUCUCCAUUAUCGCCCCAUGAGCCAAUGAUUCUACUAUUUCAGAACGACAUCAUGCAACAAUUAUGAAACUCUGGCACCAUAGUUACCUCAUUGCGUGAUUAGCGAAGAAUAGUCUUCUUUGUUUUAUUAGGUGGAGGUGGGGUUGAACUAGAUGGUAAGUAAGGUGAGAGGGAUUAUAAGUAAGAGGUUUUUGAUUCAAGACUUCUCACUUAUUACAAAAAAAGAAAAGUUCUUUGUUUUAUUGUAUUCUUAAUUGUAGAUAAACCAUUUUGAGCUCCACAACUGACGAUAUAUAUGAAGUGUCUGAUCCGGCGUUAUCAUCAGAUCAUGCGUGCAUUUUCGAAGUAGAGGUCAGCCAUCAUCUUUCUGAUAAUGGAAGCCAUGGUCGUCUGCUCAGCAAACUAGGCCAUGCGUGCAUUUUCGAAGUAGAGGUCAGCCAUCAUCUUUCUGAUAAUGGAAGGUAUGGUCGUCUGCUCAGCAAACUAUGUACCUCUCACUCCCAUUAGCUUCCUAGAGCGUGCAGCAUUUGUUUAUGGACAAAGGGUCUCCAUGGUUUUUGGAGAUACACGGUAUUUGUGGAAGGAGACGCAUGAAAGAUGCAUCAGGCUGGCUUCUGCUCUUUCUCAGCUGGGAAUUACCCGCGGCGACAUUGUUGCAGCUGUGGCGCCCAAUAUACCAGAACUUUAUGAGCUGCAAUUUGGAGUUCCAAUGACCGGUGCUGUCCUUUGUGCCCUUAACCCAAAGUUGAAUGCAACGACUUUAGCCGUCAAACUGCAGCAGCUGGAAGCCAAAGCAAUUUUUGUGGAUUAUGAGUUUACUAAAGUCGUCCUGGAAGCGCUUGGGUCAUUAUCUCAGACUAAAAACAAUUCUCCGGUCCUAAUCUUAAUCCAAGAAAACCAUACAAAUGCUUUCUCAGCCAUUCCAAUUAACUUUCGACUGGAUUAUCAUGCACUUCUUGCAACGGGGAAACUGGAUUUCGAUAUCAGCUAUCCUAAAUCCGAAUGCGACCCAAUCUCAAUAUGUUAUACUUCUGGCUCCACAGGCAAACCAAAAGGAGUGAUCUACAGCCACAGAGCUGCCUAUCUAAAUUCACUUGGAGAAAUUUUUAGAAUAGGCAUGCGACAAAAGCCCGUGUUUCUUUGGACAGUAGACAUGUUCCGAUGCAACGGUUGGUGUUUCCCCUGGACGAUGGCCGCAUUGGGAGGCACUAAUAUAUGUCUGAGGGAUGUAACGGGGACAGCCAUUUUAAAUUCCAUUUUUCUUCACGAUGUCACCCUAUUUUGCGGUCCACCAAUCCUCUUAAGCAAGAUUGCUGAAACGCUAGCAGUUGAUCCGCAACCGUUGCCUCAGAAGGUGGAUGUUAUUGUUGCAGGCGCAGGAGCAUUGCCCGAACCCCAAAUUCAAACCAAACUUAGUGAAUUAGGUUUCAAUAUUACUUGUGCAUAUGGGAUGACUGAAGCUCUUGGUCCAGUAACGUCGAGAACAAUUAGAAGAUCCUGUCACGACGAAACGUCGCAGCUAGAUCAUGAAGAUGCUAGAACAAGAAUUCGCGAAGGAACGCACAGCCUAAUAAUUGAGGGAGCCGAUGUAAAACAUCCUACAACCAUGGAAAGUGUUCCAGCUGAUGGGAAAACUGUUGGACAAAUAAUGUUUAGGAGCAAUACAUUAAUGUCGGGGUACUUGAAAAAUGCUCAGGCAACUGAGGAAGCCUUUCAGGGAGGAUGGUAUAGGACGAAGGACCUUGGAGUGAAGCAUCCUGAUGGUUAUAUACAAAUGAAGGAUCGGGCCAUCGAUGUGAUCAACUGUGGGGGUGAGAUUGUAAGUUCUUUAGAAAUUGAAGACGUGAUAAUUAGGCACCCUAUGGUUUCAGAGGUUGCAGUUGUUGGAAGGCCUGAUGAAUUACUUGGGGAGACACCUUGUGCUUUUGUGAAGUUGAAAGACGGGUGUUGUAUUGUUGAGGAAGAGAUUAUGGAUAUUUGUGCUAGUCAUUUGCCUGAGCAUAUGAGGCCUAAGAGUGUUUUCUUUGGGGAGUUGCCCGGAAAUUCCACUGGCGAUAACGGUUGUAUAAUCUAAUCUAUGCUACACUAAGUGGGAGGGGGCGGACCUAAGGAGGCUCAAGAAUAACUUGAAGGGGACUGAACCAUCACCAGACCAAAUGGGUGCACAACACAUUCAGCUGAAUUGCACAACACACCCGCCCUGAAAUAAAUUGAUCUCAUGAGUGACGUUUCUCGACCAUGGACAUGGAGCCCCAUCUAUCUGGAACAACUGUAUUUGGUGGGCUCAAGUUUGAGAAUGGUUGAUGGUGCAUUUAAAAAAAAGAAAAAGAAAAAAGAAUUCAUAUCAAACAAUUUGUGCAAAUUAAUGAUUAUGAUUCUAAGAACGCAUGUUUGUCUACCAUUAGGUUGGUAAUCCUAAAUGAAGCUGUUGAUUAUACAAAUCAUAAUAUAUUUGAAUUUUGGGACAAAUAAAUGCAAUGGAGCAUUUGGUUGACCCUUUAGCGUUCCUGUCA